CGCGCCGCCAGACUCUGAUAGAUGAUCGUCCACGCCUCCACUCCAGCCGGUGGCCUUGCCUUUCGGGGCUCAAGCUAGCGCUCCCUGCAAGGGAUCUAUCUGUCUUCAUCACCCCGUUAUUACUGCCCAUUUCGAUGCUGUUACCCAUGUUCCUAGCUUCUCACGGAUAGUUGUCAGACUUAAAUAUUUAAUGACAUGCACGUCGGUGAAAGUCUGGAGACAGGAUGAAGUGUGGACUCGCACUGUCAACUCCAGAAUCCCCGUGGACCUGGUCAGAAAUGCCCAUUCUCUGGCCCCAUCUCGGUCCUCCAUUGUCAGUCUCUUGGGAAGGGAGGGGGUGUCCCUAGUGGGUGACAGUGAGAUGGCUGGAAGUGGACAUGCAGUGGCUCUGGAGGCGCAGCGCUGGAGUGUCGGAGAUCUCCGGCUCCGGGUUCGUGGUCACGUGGGCUCUUCAGCUCACCUCCCACCCCCUCAUCACGGUCUUUAAAAGGAAGACGCACUAACGCCGUUAGUCGUUAGUCGUGGGUAAUCUUUGCAGCCUCUCCAGCUGCUGGUCUUUUUUGAAAUGGACUCCCAGGUCCCUGCCUCCUCCGAGGCUUCUAGAACCACCUCUUGAAACUUCCUGGGAGUAGAGGAGGCGGGGAGCCUGGCAUCCUUGGCAUCCGCUCUGGGUAGAGUCUGGCAGCCGCUGCAGGGCUGAGCGACAGCCAGUGGCUGUGAGUCCCGGAGUCCCGCGCAGCGCGGAGACCGAGGAGAGCACGUGCCUGCAUUUAGAGAAUGCAAAAAAGAGAAUGUUUACCUGCUAGGCAUCCCACCUGCCAUGAGUCUUUGAGAACAUAAUGUCCGUCUGUACAUCUUCUCACAAGGAGUUUUCUCAGCUGCUACCUGCUCAAGACAUGGAUAUCAAAAACUCACCAUCAAGCCUUAAUUCCCCUGCUUCCUACAACUGCAGCCAGCCCCUCCUGCCGCUGGAGCACGGCCCCAUCUAUAUCCCUUCCUCCUAUGUAGAGAGCCGCCAUGAAUACUCAGCUAUGGCAUUCUAUAGUCCCGCUGUGAUGAAUUACAGCGUCCCCAGCAGUGCCAAUAACCUGGAAGGUGGGCCUGUUCGACAGACCACAAGCCCAAAUGUGCUGUGGCCAACUUCUGGACACCUCUCUCCUUUGGCCACUCAUUGCCAGUCCUCGCUUCUGUAUGCGGAACCUCAGAAGACUCCUUGGUAUGAAGCAAGAUCACUAGAACACACCUUACCUGUGAGCAGAGAGACACUGAAAAGGAAACUUAGUGGGAGCAGUUAUGCCAGCCCUGUUACUAGUCCAAGUUCAAAGAGGGAUGCCCACUUCUGUGCAGUCUGCAGCGAUUACGCAUCUGGGUAUCACUAUGGCGUCUGGUCGUGCGAAGGAUGUAAGGCCUUUUUCAAAAGAAGCAUUCAAGGACACAAUGAUUAUAUCUGUCCAGCAACGAAUCAGUGCACCAUAGACAAGAACCGGCGUAAAAGCUGCCAGGCCUGCCGACUUCGCAAGUGUUACGAAGUAGGAAUGGUCAAGUGUGGAUCCAGGAGAGAAAGGUGUGGGUACCGCAUAGUCCGAAGACAGAGGAGUUCCAGUGAGCAGGCGCACUGCCUGAGCAAAGCCAAGAGAAACAGCGGGCACAUACCUCGGGUGAAGGAGCUCCUGCUGAGCACCCUGAGCCCAGAGCAGCUGGUGCUCACCCUCCUGGAGGCAGAGCCGCCCAACGUGCUAGUGAGCCGUCCCAGCAUGCCCUUCACCGAGGCCUCCAUGAUGAUGUCCCUCACUAAGCUGGCCGACAAGGAACUGGUGCACAUGAUUGGCUGGGCCAAGAAAAUCCCUGGUUUUGUGGAGCUCAGUCUGUUGGACCAAGUCCGGCUCUUGGAGAGCUGCUGGAUGGAGGUGUUAAUGGUGGGGCUGAUGUGGCGCUCGAUUGACCACCCCGGCAAGCUCAUCUUUGCUCCAGACCUCGUUCUGGACAGGUCAUCAGAAGACCCUCACUGGCACGUUGCGCAGAUGAAGAGCGAUGCCCCAAGGGAUGAGGGCAAGUGUGUGGAAGGGAUUCUGGAGAUCUUUGACAUGCUCCUGGCGACGACAUCAAGGUUCCGUGAGUUAAAGCUCCAGCACAAAGAGUAUCUCUGUGUGAAGGCCAUGAUCCUCCUCAACUCCAGUAUGUACCCCUUGGCGACGGCAAGCCAGGAGGUGGAGAGCAGCCGGAAGCUGACACAUCUGUUGAACGCGGUGACAGAUGCCCUGGUCUGGGUGAUUGCUAAGAGUGGCAUUUCCUCCCAGCAGCAGUCAGUUCGCCUGGCCAAUCUCCUGAUGCUUCUUUCUCAUGUCCGACACAUCAGUAACAAGGGCAUGGAACACCUGCUCAGCAUGAAGUGCAAAAACGUGGUCCCAGUGUACGACCUGCUGCUGGAGAUGCUGAAUGCUCACACGCUUCGAGGGUACAAGUCCUCAGUCUCGGUGUCUGAUUGCAGCUCAGCAGAGGACAGCAAGAGCAAAGAGGCCUCCCAGAACCCACAGUCUCAGUGACGGACAGGCCUGAGGUGGACAUUCUACAGAGCUGCUCAAAGGUGGAACCCUGCACCCUCGCAGCUCCCCAGCUGGGGUUUCAUCUUAUGGCUGCCUUGGUCAUGCACCCUUCCCCCACAUUCCAUUUCCCAGGGGUCAGGGUGGGUGGGUUGCAGUGUCCCUGUACCGGGGGAUACCUUUGAAUGCAGAGUUCUCACUUUUGUAUAGCCUUAGAAGGUUCUCGAUGUGACCCUUCUCUCACUCUCCAUCUCCUCUGCCCACUCGGGAAAACGUCUCAAAGCUUCUGGAAUGGAUGGUGAAAGUCUGACCCGGAAGGAUUGGCCUGAGACAGGGGAGAGAAGAUGACACUCUGCAGCAGGAGUUCUCAACCUCUCUGAUGCUGUGACCCUUUAAUACAGCUCCUCAUGUUGUGGAGACCCCCAACCAUAAGAUUAUUCCGUUGCUACUUUGUAACUGUAAUUUUGCUACUGUUAUGAAUCGUAAUGUAAAUAUCUGAUAUGCAGGACGUCUGAUAUGUGACCCCCACGGGGGUUCAUGACCCACAGAUGGAGAACCACUGGUCUAUAAGAAAUGGACUGUAGAAUUAACUGUGUGGUUGUAAAAUCAACCUUUGAAGGGUGUCUUUCCAGACCACUUGAUUGUAGGAUUGAAAACCACAUUGACAAUCAGCUCGUUUCACAUUCCUACCUCACAGGCUUGUGAGGACUGAUGACGUGUUGUUGGUUAUUCUAUCAGAGACCAGAGUGGUACUGGUCAAUCUCAGAUGUGAGCCGCCUUCCUCCCCCCAGGUCUUCUUGCUAUCCACGCAGAUUCUUCCUUCCUGAUUUAUGUUUGUAGAACCUGCUUAUUUGACCUAUUGAGUCUCACUGUCAUGGAUCAAGAUUUAAAUCUUUC